GAUGGAUUUGAGGUUUUGAGCUCCCAUCUCCUCAGCUGCAGCACCCGAUUAAAGCCUUCUUCCUUGGCAAUACUUGUCAUCUCAGUCAUUGGCUUUCUGUGCAGUGAGCUGUAUGACCUAGACUGAACCCCUGAUGUUUCAGUAACAUAUUUUGGUUCCCUGACUGGGAACAUGUUGCUUGUGGCUCAGCUGCCAUGGGUGGAGUCUCAGAAGCCCUCUUACGCAGCUGCCUGACAAAUUUUAUUUUAUUUUAUUAUUUUAUUUUAUUUCCUUUGAGAUGGAGUCUCACACUGUCACCCAGGCUGUAGUGCAGUGGCACAAUCUUGGCUCACUGCAACCUCUGCCUCCCAGUGCUGUAGGAGUCAGAAGAAAUCACUUGGGCAGAUAGCAAGGGUAUGGGAAUCCUCAGUAAGGCUUUUUUUUUUCUUUUUUUAAUGAAAAGCUGCCCCAAAUCAUUUUCUAACAAAGAGCAGCCUGAAACCUGGGAGUUUGCAAGGGUGAAUGCCAGCAGGAACUAAGGAGUAGACAUGUUCAAGAUAGCGACUUCAUCUUCCCUUCUCUGCCAGUCAUGUGUACUGUAAGGAGCAGACCAGAUGGUGUCAAUCACCUCGCCUCUACUAAAAAUAUAAAAAUUAGCUGGGCGUGGUAGUGGGCGCCUAUAGUCCCAGCUGCUCAGGCGGCUGAGGCAGGAGAAUUGCUUGAACCGGGGAGUCAGAAGUUGCAGCGAGCUGAGAUCGCGCCAUUGCACUCCAGCCUGGAUAACGAGAGCAAAACUCUGUCUCAAAAAAAAAAAAAAAAAACAGAUGGUGUCUUUCAACUGGAAAGGCGAUUUGCGUAACAAGAUUAGGGUGGGGCAACCAGCCUUUCCUGAGCACUAUGUAAACGUCAUACCUGAUCAAACCAAUCUGUGAGCCCUAUGUAAAUCAAGACACAUUAAAACAGUCCACACUAAAUCAGACACUGCCUCCUCAAACUGGUGUCUUCACUACCAGCCAGUCCUUUCCAUUCGGAGACCUCUUCUUCUAUAGAGGAAGCUAUUUCUCUUUUCUCUUCUUCCUAUUAAACCUCUGCUCCUAAACCCCUUGUGUAUGUCUGUGUCCUAAAUUUUCCUGGCCCGUGACAAUGACAAAUAUAUACCCAAGGGCAUACACCCCAGACAAUGUAGCCACUUCACCAGGUUCAAGUUAUUCUCCUGCAUCAGCCUCCCCAGUAGCUGGACUACAGGCAUGCACCAUGCCCAUCUAUUGACCAAUAUCAGCUGGAAGUGAGUUUCAGUUUCUCUCUGGCCCCACCAUGGUCAGCCCCAACCAUCCUCCUGAUUGCCUUGGAAGAAUAGCCUUUGAAAUUGGACAUCUGCAUCCAGAUAGUCUGGAGCAGUUCAGGAAUUCAGGAAACUAUAAAGAAACCACAACAGCCUCAACAACCCAAACAUCAACAUCAACAACCUCAACAAUAAAACUCCUUAAAAUUCAUCUCCUUCCACCCACUCACAACCGCAGACUCGAAGCUAGGAGGUGGAAGGAACUACAGAAGCUCUGCGUUGCCCAGGUCAAGAUUAAAGCAAACCGAGGCAAAGGCCACGGUUGACAGUGCCAAGGGAACCCGCAAGGCCGCACAGGAUGGGGUGGACGUUUUACGGGAGAAAAGGCUGGGAGUUCCUUCUGUCCCGGCUCUGUUCCGUCUCGCCCCGAGGUUCACUCCAUCCUCGGAGCCCCAGCCUUUCACCCAGCGCCUCCAAGCUUUGGACCUUGACUUCUGCAAAACUAGAUGGUCACAGCCAUGAAUGUCUCACAUGAAGUAAAUCAGCUGUUCCAGCCCUAUAACUUCGAGCUGUCCAAGGACAUGAGGCCCUUUUUCGAGGAGUAUUGGGCAACCUCAUUCCCCAUAGCCCUGAUCUACCUGCUUCUCAUCGCUGUGGGGCAGAACUACAUGAAGGAACGCAAGGGCUUCAACCUGCAAGGGCCUCUCAUCCUCUGGUCCUUCUGCCUUGCAAUCUUCAGUAUCCUGGGGGCAGUGAGGAUGUGGGGCAUUAUGGGGACUGUGCUACUUACCGGGGGCCUAAAGCAAACCGUGUGCUUCAUCAACUUCGUCGAUAAUUCCACAGUCAAAUUCUGGUCCUGGGUCUUUCUUCUCAGCAAGGUCAUAGAACUCGGAGACACAGCCUUCAUCAUCCUGCGUAAGCGGCCACUCAUCUUUAUUCACUGGUACCACCAUAGCACAGUGCUCGUGUACACAAGCUUUGGAUACAAGAACAAAGUGCCUGCAGGAGGCUGGUUCGUCACCAUGAACUUUGGUGUUCAUGCCAUCAUGUACACCUACUACACUCUGAAGGCUGCCAACGUGAAGCCCCCCAAGAUGCUGCCCAUGCUCAUCACCAGCCUGCAGAUCUUGCAGAUGUUUGUAGGAGCCAUCGUCAGCAUCCUCACGUACAUCUGGAGGCAGCAUCAGGGAUGCCACACCACGAUGGAACACUUAUUCUGGUCCUUCAUCUUGUAUAUGACCUAUUUCAUCCUCUUUGCCCACUUCUUCCGCCAGACCUACAUCACGCCCAAGGUCAAAGCCAAGACCAAGAGCCAGUGAAGGGUUGGAGAGAACAAUGAAGCUCCAGGCUCUCUCUUCUCCAGGGCACCAAGAGGCUGGGCUUAGUUUUGGGAGAAUGAUUAGGUUGCCCUACCUGCAUGGUUUCCCCAGAGGAUGUGUGCCCCAAGGUGGCUGGAAUUUUUGACAGACAAGAAGGGUGACCCUGGGAUGGGGGUGUGGUCUGUUACUUUGAUGUUUCUGUUUUUAAUGUGAAGGCCAAGCAGGCCCUGGGAUGGGAGUGGGGCGGAGGAGGGUCCCAAGAGCUGAUUAUUUAAUUUCUAUCCAGAAAUCUUUCUUCUUCUUGCUCUGUUUUUUUAAAUUAAAGAUUUCAACA